ACACAACACGGUCCGUCCUCUGUUUCCUAAACUCAGACGGCAUCCUCUGCUGAAGAAAGAGCGUAUGCUCAGCUCACAGGAACAUGAGGAAGAGUCUGAUACAGGUGUUUGGAUUCUUGAUCUCUACUUUCGGCUGGCUGUUUGUGAGCUGCACGCUAGCCAUGGACUACUGGAGGAUCUUCUAUGUAGGAGGCAAAGGUGGUAACUGGAUGAUCAAGGGGACGUGGUACUGGUCGAACCUGUGGAAGGACUGUGUGGUGGACACCUCGUCCGUCACUAACUGCAGAGACUACGAUGUGCUGUGGGCCGUCACACCGUAUGUUCAGGGGGUCCGAGGCCUGCUUCUGAUCGCCAUGAGUCUGGGGCUCAUCGCCGCUGUGCUCUGCUUUAUUGGGAUGGACUGCACAUACAUCGGCGGAAGUGAGAAACACAAAGACAGAAUAUUAUUUUUCGGAGCAGCUUUUCAUUUUGUUGGUGGAGUGUCGGCGCUUGCGGCGUACUGUUUAUACACAAACAGAGUCGUCAGCACUGCCCUAUCACCCGCUGCUGACAGAAGUAUCAUGAGGUAUGGGUUAGGAACUCCCAUUUUCUUUGGAUUGAUUGGAAGUUUCUUUAUAAUUCUGGGAUCUGUAUUAUACGCAGUGACAAUCAUCGCGAACAGUGGGCUGACAGUAUUUGGCAGGAAAGCAGACGCUCCUCCAUCGAGUAAAGCACAGUACACGUCUGCGUACUACGCCCCGUCCAGACCGUCUGUCCAUCUCAGCCAGUCCAGCGGCUCUCGGGUCUCCAGGAUGUCUCGGGUCACCGGGGAGAGCAUAUCUCCCAGAGACACAUUCGUCUGAACUUCAGAAAGCUCUGUAACAUUGCAAUCAAAUCUGUUCUGCAACAGCUCAACUUAUUUUUCAAAUGCAGUAGUAUAAUAAAAAAGUAAAUUCAUGGCU